AUGGGGCGCAAGCCCCAACCUGACAUGGGGGCCAAGCCAUCUCAAAACAUCAAUAUUGCAGAUAUGGCCGAUGAGCCUCAGGUAGAUGCAAUGGAUGUCCAAGUGGAAGGAGCUCAAGAUGAGCAUGAGGUAAGCCUCUGGAAAAGGCUUUUAAUGGAAUUACCUCAGAUCGUGGAUAACGAGCUUACCGCCAAUUUGAGAAAUGUGGCAGGAACUAAAAGACAGAACAUCUUAACUGCGGUUAGCAACGCUGUGCACGAAGCCAUUGCAGCGGUGGAGUCAAAGUUCGAGAAUGCCAUAAUGGCGGAUAUUCUAGCGGAUAAGAUGGGGAUACCAUUCCGCAGACUGGAGCGUGAGCUCCCGAUUUUGAUGCGAGAAGCCGAAGCAAUGGUUCGUGUAACAACGGCGCUCGGUUGUCCUAGCGCUAAGAUCCUAGCUUUGAUAGAGUUAAAGGAUAAGGAAAAUCAAUGGCUGCGAUCUCAACUACUCUCGUUGCAGGGAAGCCAGGCGAUUCCAAAGCCACAGCAGACAGUUGAUACCAUGCCGGCUGAAGACGCGCACAGACAUGCAGCCGAUAGAUGGACGCCUGGGGAACCUUCGGAGGACAUCCGAAACGAAGUCUACCACAUCCUCGCAGAGGUGCAGGCGGUCGACCACAAGUUCCUCUGA